AGCUGUUCCCUGUAAACUUACAUAAGCAGACCCGUAACCUCGGUGAUUAGCGGACGUUCCCGAACCAACAAUUGGGACCGGUUUCAGCCUUCGGUGCGUCCGCUGCCGUCCGUCAACCACUUUCUUCACCUUUUAGCACAAAGCAUUUGCUGUACAACAUCUCCUUCCUGUGAGCUCAUACCCCAAGUUGAUGAUGAACAGAGUAUUGCUCUCCAGUGCCAGACGUCUCAGUGCGAGACAGGCGUCUCCAAUUGUGUCCAAGAGGCUGUUUUCGUCUUCUGUCUACCAAUUCCAGGCCCAGAAGAAGGCCAAUGACAAGAAGACAUCGGACCAACAGCCAAAGGGCUCGUCCAAUAGGGGCAAAGUGGCCGUGUUGCUCGGGUUGUUGGCCAUUGGGUCCACUGUGCUGUCCUUGUCUUACCAGAAGAGUGCUCCUACAGAGCUCGUUGAGCCUGAGAAGAAGAAGACAAAGGCGUUCAAGGACGGUGAAGUCAACGUGAUUUUUGUCCUUGGUGGACCAGGUUCCGGUAAGGGUACCCAGUGCAACAGGCUGGUUGAGCACCACAAGUUCGUUCACCUGAGUGCCGGAGAUCUGCUGAGAGCAGAGCAGAACAGAGAGGGCUCCCAGUACGGAGAACUCAUCUCCAAAUGCAUCAAGGACGGUGUGAUCGUCCCACAAGAGGUCACCGUGGGCUUGUUGAAGAAUGCCAUGAAAGAGGCGUACGCCAACGGCAAGACGAGGUUCCUCAUCGACGGCUUCCCGAGAAAAAUGGACCAGGCCAUCAUCUUUGAGGAUGAAAUCGCCACCAGCUCCUUCACGAUCUUCUUUGAAUGCCCAGAACAAGUUAUGCUGCAACGUUUGCUCGAAAGAGGAAAGACCUCAGGCAGAUCAGACGACAACAUCGAGUCCAUCAAGAAGAGAUUCAAGACCUUUAUCGAGACAAGCUAUCCGGUGGUUGAGUACUUCGACAAGCAGGGCAAAGUUGUCAAGUUGCAGUGUGACCAUCCAGUCGAGGUUGUUUACUCCCAGGUUGAGAAGGCCAUUGCCGACAAGAUAGGCUCCUUCUAGCACCUGCCACAAGCUGUGACAACCUGCUCUAGAAUAGAAACCACGCACUAUGUCGGCUGAAUGUAUUAAAUGUAGAUUAAUCUCCUUUCAUCGACCUCUUUACCAAUCACAUGUUGAUGUUUU